UAUUUAAUCUAAUUUCUCUCGCGCCAUUCUGCAAUCACCGUACCUGAAAAUAUUCAGUAACCUAAUUUUGUGAAUUGCGAUCAAUCAUGACCACCGCCACAAUCCUCUAAACCCUAAUUCUUCAAUGAACCCGUUACCACCACCAUCUUCUGCUACUUCCUCGUCGAAUUCCAAAGCUGUAAUCGAUUCCGGAGAACGAAACUGGCUGGAUCUUCCACGCGAUGCAAUAUUAUCGAUUUUCCGGAAGCUUGACACAAUCGAUACUCUCUUUCGAGUUCACAAUGUUUGCAAGACAUGGCGAAAAAUCUCUGAGGAUCCUUUCCUCUAUCGCACCAUCGAUAUGUCCAAUUCAGGUGUACCUGACUACACCUUGGAUUUAAAGACUCUAUGCCACCGCGCCAUUGAUUACAGUUGCGGCCACAUGAUUGAUAUCAACAUCGAGUCUUUUGGUACCGAUGAUCUUCUCCACCAUGUCGCCGAUUCUGCAAGCCAUUUACGGCGCCUUCGUCUUGCAAGUUGCUGGGGCCUAUCAGAUGAAGCAUUGUGUGAAGUUGCUGAAAAGUUUCCUCACUUAGAGGAAAUUGAUAUAACAAUUUGUAACUUAUCUGAUCGUACUUUGGGAGCCAUUGGUCAAUGUUGCCCACAAUUGAAAACCUGUAAAUUCAACAGUGAAGUUUACAGACUUCCGCACAUUGAAAGUAACGAUGAGGCAUUUGCUAUUGCGAAAACCAUGCCUGAGUUACGCCAUCUCCAGCUUGUAGGAAAUAAGAUGACUAAUGAUGGUUUGCUUGCUAUUCUCGAUGGCUGUCCUCUCCUUGAAUCUCUUGACAUGCGUCGGUGUUUCAAUGUUAAUUUGGUAGGAAAUUUGGGGAAGAGGUGUCAAGAACAAAUUAAGUGUUUACGGCUUCCAUGUGAUGCCACCGAUGACUGUCCAUUUGAAACUGAAUGUGAUGAUGGAUCAGGCGGUGAAGAUUACUCAGAUGGGAUCUUGGACAUAGAUAUGUUGUCUGAUGAUGAUUAUGCUGUUUAUCCUUAUGGAUAUGAUGAAUUCUCGGACGCUGAAUUUUCUGAUGAUAACCCUUAUGAUGACUUUUGACAAAUUUGAAACAUUUCAGCACACGAGAAAUGUACUGUGAAUGUCUUAGUUUAUUCCUCUAUAACAUUGGGAUAAAAAGAAACUCAGGAGACCCAACAAUGAAUUCUGCUUUUACAUGGGCAGAUAGUAGCUUAUAAUAAUCUAGUACCUCUGUGAAGCACAUUCACUGUUUGCAACUUGUGUUUAUCUGAUAAAUGUAAGAACCAAAUUAUUUGGCUUUAUGUCUGAGAAUUAUAUUUAACUCUGAACUUCUAAAUUUCGUAAGGUGCAGUUGGCAUUUUUUUUU